CAGAUAUUACGAUCUCCGUUCAAACGGCGUCGUUUACCAGGUAUUCAAGAUUCUAGACCCUUCUUCUCAGUUCACCCACUUUCAAGUUCCUUUCGCUGUAGGAAGGUCGAAUUGAAUUCUAGGGUUUUCCGUAUCUUCGGUACUAGCGAUUCAAUCCGGUUAAUUUUCUUGAGAUAUGCCUCGGUACUACUGCGAUUAUUGCGAAACCUAUCUCACCCACGAUUCUCCAUCGGUGAGGAAGCAACAUAAUACAGGUUAUAAACACAAGUCAAAUGUGAGAAACUAUUAUCAGCAAUUCGAGGAGCAGCAGACCCAGAGCUUGAUUGACCAGAGAAUCAAGGAACAUCUUGGCCAAGCUGCAGCCUUUCAGCAGGUCCGUGCCAUUUAUAACCGGCAACUUAUAGCUAGACCUCGCCUUCCCAUUCUGCCUACUUCAAUCAAGCCCUCAAGCUCCUACUUCUAUAACCCACCGCUGGGUAUUAGACCCCCUAUUUUGCCUCAACCACUUGUCCCUGGUGCUCCAGGUUAUGUGGCAGCUCUGGGAAUGGCUCCAACGGUGGCACCUUCUCCUCCAGCAGCGGUUGCACCAUUGACUGUCCAUUGA